AUGCCGCCCAAGAAGAAAGCCCACCCGGCCGCCGCCGCCAGAUGCGCCCCAUCGCCUCAGUCCCUGCACAAGCCGCCCAACUGGCCGGCCUUCACCCCUCUCGUCCCAGAGGCAGACCUCGCGCUGCACCAAGUGCUGCCAAGCCAGAUUGUCACCAUCCCAAACUUCUGGACCGCCUCGCUGUCCAGGACAUAUGUCGCCUUUCUCUCUUCGCUGCCCUUGACUACCACGCCCGGAAAGCCCAGAAAAGGCGAGGCCGUGCGAGUGAAUGACCGCUUCCAGAUUGACGACCCUGCAUUUGCCGAGCGACUGUGGAGCGAGACUGCCUUGAAGAAUCUCGUCACCGGUGCUGCUGAGGGGGGGUCCCUGGGCCUCAACGAGAAGCAGCGGAACGACUUGUGGGGCGGCGACGUCGUCGGCCUCAACCCCAACAUCCGCAUCUACCGCUAUACCAAGGGGCAGUUCUUUGACCAGCACUACGACGAUUCCAACAGUGUCACCAUACCCGGGUCGCCGCCGGUACACGCGCGCACGACCUGGACCUUGCUCCUCUACCUCACCUCUCCCGCAACAGGAUGCAUUGGUGGGGAAACCGUCUUUUAUCCCGAUCCGCCCAAGAAGAAGAGCAAAGAUGCACCGCCCGAGCCCUUGGAAAUUGGGCUCCAAGUCGGCAUGGCUCUGCUGCACCGCCACGGCGCAGACUGUAUGCUGCACGAAGGGCGCGAAGUCACCGACGGCGAAAAAUGGGUCAUCAGAAGCGACCUGUGCGUCAAGCGCUGA